AUGGCGGAUCGGUUAACCCAGCUGCAGGACGCGGUGAACUCGCUCGCAGACCAGUUCUGUAAUGCCAUCGGAGUGUUGCAGCAGUGCGGCCCCCCAGCCUCUUUCAGCAACAUUCAGACAGCCAUAAACAAAGAUCAGCCAGCUAAUCCAACAGAAG